CAUGAGCGGAUGAGCAGAUCGGCCUUACACAUGAGCAGGCACAGAGAGAGAGAGAGAUCCAUCUUCCUUCCCUAUUGCCGUAAACCUCCAUCUUGCUCCCGAAGAUGCCCACCAAGCGCCUCACCUCUCCUCGUUCCCGCAAGCGCCCUGAUAUCUCCAACCCCAAACCCUCUCCAAACCCUAAGAAACCGAAAUCCUCUGAAUUCAACGCAAUGCAACCGAGAAAGAGCCCUAGAUCUCGACCAGCCACUCCCGGCAAGCUCUCCGAUUUCGCCACUGCCACCAGCCGGAGCGCCCCCAAGAAGUGGACCGACAGCGAUGAGAUCGCGCUCUUGAAGGGCGUCCUCGCGUUCCGCGAUAAAACCGGCGCCGUUCCCGCCGCGCAGACGAUUCAUUCCUUCUACGAUUCCAUCAAGGACUCCGUCAGUGCUCCUCUCGACCCAAGCCAGGCCUACAACAAGAUACGGCGUCUGAAGGCCUUUCACCUCAAUAACCGCCGUUCUGGUCCGACGCCUCACAAUGCUGUGAUCUAUGAGCUAUGUUCUAAGAUUUGGGGUGUUAAUGAGAAGAAGGGUGAUGGUGAUGAUGGGGAUGAUGAUGAUGCUGAUGAAGAUGGUGAUGGUGAUGGUGAUGAUAAUGAUAAGGAGGAGAAGGAAAAGGGUGAUGAGGAUGUUGAUUAUCCGCACCUCAGUGCUUUUGUGGCUUUGCAUCGGAAGGAGCAUCUUCAUUUAUCCGGUGAAUUCUUGAAUGAGGGUCUGAAAAUGAUUGAUCCCGAGAAGGCUAAGGAGCUGGAGGUGAGGUUGAUGGAACAUUGCCGUAGCGUUGCUAGAAUUCAGGUGAGACGGUUUGAACUUUGCAAACAAGUUCUUAAGAUGCUGAUCGGACCUUGAAUGUGCACAAACCUGCAAAGUCUUUCACUUUUUUGUUUGCUUAAAAGUUCUGUUUAACAUGAUGCUUAAUUAGCUGGAUUGCUAGUGAGUUUUUAUGGGGAAACUAGAAAACCUUGAUUCACUGUGAAGUUAGGUGCACAAAAAUUCAAGUGUGGAAA